GUUUUUUUCGGAAAACACUUCUCCCAAUUCUCCUUGAACAGUCCUUUUUUUUUUCCUUGCCAGCAGCAAGUUGGUUUCUGUCAGCUUGGUCCUGUGCAGGAAACGAACCGAGUCUGACCAUUGGCCUUUCAGCACAAUGGGUAAUAUGAGAGCUAAAAAUCCACAGGGUGCAAUUCAGAUGUUUUACAAGAGAUUUUACUGUGGCCUCAGUGAACGCAUUGUUGAUGUUCCAGUAGAUGCCCGGAUAGUUAAAACGGGGUUCGACCCUGAAAUCUCUCGCUUUAACUUCCAACUAAAGGAUUUAGUCAGAACAAAUCAAAUAGCAAGCGCACGCAAACUGUUUGAUGAAAUGCCUUACAAAAACACUUGCUCUGUAAACAUGAUGGUUUCGGGUUAUGUGAAGUCCCGUAAUCUUUUUCAUGCGAGGGAGUUGUUUGAUAGCAUGGUCUCUCGUAAUGAGGUUUCAUGGACUACGAUGAUUGGUGGUUACUCUCAGAACAAUCGGCCGAAAGAAGCUAUCAAUCUUUACAAUGAGAUGUGUAGGUCGGGGGUGAAGCCGGAUCAUAUCACCUUUGCAACUCUCUUAUCGGGUUUUGAUGAUACAACGACGUUGAAAGAAGUACAUCAGAUUCAUUCCCAUGUCAUUAGAUUUGGAUUAAGUUCAAGUCUUAUUGUUUGCAACAGUUUGGUAGAUUCGUACUGCAAAACUUGCUGCCUCGAUACAGCGUCUCAACUCUUCAGUGAAAUGCCAACUAAAGAUUCAGUAAGCUUCAAUGUUAUGAUAACGGGGCAUACAAAAUAUGGUUUCCGUGAAGAAGCAGUGAAGCUUUUUAUGCAAAUGCGGAAUGUGGAUUUUCAGCCUUCGGAUUUUACUUUUGCAGCAGUUCUUGGUCUGAGUGUUGGAUCAGAUGAUGUUAUUUUUGGCCGACAAAUUCAUGGACUUGCCAUCAAGACCAGCUAUGUUUGGGACGUAUUUGUUGCAAAUGCAUUGCUUGAUUUCUACUCAAAGCAUGACUAUAUAGAUUUUGCAAAGAAUCUCUUUGAUGAGAUGCCAGAGUUAGAUGGUGUGUCGUAUAACAUAAUCAUCACAGGUUAUGCAUGGAAUGGACAGUAUGAGAAAUCAUUUAAUCUCUUCAAACGGCUUCAGGUUACAUCAUUUGACAGAAAGAAUUUUCCUUUUGCUGUGAUGUUUAGUGUGGCUGCGACAGAACAAAAUUUAGCAUUGGGAAGGCAAAUUCAUGCACAGGCAGUGGUGACAACAGCUGAUUCAGAAGUUCAAGUAGGAAAUGCCCUUGUUGACAUGUAUGCGAAGUGUGAAAAAUUUGAGGAGGCCAACAGAAUAUUUGCAAAUCUGGCAUAUAGAAGCUCUGUUCCAUGGACAGCCAUAAUCUCAAUAUAUGUUCAGAAGGGUUUUCAUGAGGAGGCCCUCAAAAUGUUCAAGGAGAUGAAUAGAGAAAAUGUUCACGGUGACCAGGCAACUUUUGCCAGCACUUUAAAAGCUUCAUCUAAUUUGGCUUCAGUUUCUCUUGGGAAGCAAUUACACUCAUCUGUGAUCAGACUGGGAUUGAUGUCUAGUGUUUUUUCUGGCAGUGUUCUUGUUGACAUGUACGCAAAAUGUGGGUCCAUGAAAGAUGCAAUUGAAGUUUUCAAAGAGAUGCCUGAUAGGAAUAUAGUAUGUUGGAAUGCACUGAUUUCAGCAUAUGCUCAGAAUGGUGAUUCGGAGGCCACAUUUAGCUCCUUCACAGAUAUGAUUGAAUCAGGUCUCUAUCCUGAUUCUGUUAGUUUCCUCAGUGUUCUAACUGCCUGCAGCCACCGCGGGCUUGUUGAAAAGGCACUAUGGUAUUUUAAUUCCAUGACUCAAGUAUACAAUCUUGAUCCAAGGAAAGAACAUUAUGUAACAAUGAUCGAUGUGUUAUGUAGAAGUGGACGAUUCAAUGAAGCAGAGAAUCUGAUUUCUGAAAUGCCAUUUGAACCGGAUGAGAUCAUGUGGUCCUCAGUUUUAAACUCAUGCAGAAUUCAUAAGAAUCAAGACCUUGCCAAAAAGGCUGCUGACCAACUUUUCAAGAUGGAUGCUCUUAGAGAUGCCGCUGCUUAUGUCAACAUGUCUAACAUCUAUGCUGAAGCAGGCAAGUGGGAAAAUGCGGCAAAAGUCAAGAAGUCUAUGAGGGAACGGGGAGUUAAAAAGGCCACUGCCUAUAGCUGGGUUGAAAUAGAUCACAAAGUUCAUGUAUUCACUGCAAAUGAUAGAACCCAUCCACAAACUGAGCAGAUUAGAAGAAAAAUUGAUUCACUGGUUGAGCUAAUGGACAAGGAAGGUUACAAGCCUGAUACAAGUUGUACCCUUCAAAAUGUGAAUGAAGAAAUGAAAAUAGAAUCACUCAAAUAUCACAGUGAGAGGUUGGCCAUUGCCUUUGCAUUGAUUAAUACUCCAGAAGGAUCACCUAUUAUCAUUAUGAAAAACUUGCGAGCUUGCGUAGAUUGUCAUGCUGCAAUUAAAGUUAUCUCAAAACUUGUUGGAAGGGAGAUCACCGUGCGAGAUUCAAGUAGGUUCCAUCAUUUUAGAGGUGGAUUAUGUUCAUGUGAGGAUUACUGGUGAGAUAUGGAUGGAUGAUUCUCAGAUCAUUUCAUUUGCUUUGAGCUUCCUCUUCUCUAUAAUUGGAAGUCAUAAAAUCCGGAGAUUUUGGCAAUUUAUCCUUGAGGUGAUUAUGAUAAUUGGAAUUUUCUAUAAGGGAUGACUCAGCCCAAUUGCAGUUCUUGGAUCCAAAACUUGUGGCUGUGUACUACUCCAAUUAUUUUCUCUAUAUGUUGGGCGUUUGGAACUUUUCAAAAUGAAGCCGCAUGGAGAACCAAGUUGUACUUUCUCCUGAAGAACACUCCAUCUAUCUGCAAGAGCUCACUGGUUUUCUCCCUUUAACCACGAAUUACUGAUACUUCAUCAAUAAGAACAGUGUUUUCUGUUUGGAAAGGGAGGGGUUCUGGUUUCUCUUCUUGGAAAUGCAAACAUGACUUUGCAGAGUGUACAUCAGUCUCAUCUUCAAGAGAGAGCUGGUUGGAAGAGCCUGAUUCUAAAAAUGAGACUGGAGCUGACGAGUGUUCAUAGUGGUGUAUUUCUACCUCUUUGUGUUCAUCAAAGACCCAGAAGAGGUGGUCAGUAGACAUCUUAUGCUUCAUGCAGGUAACUUUCCGAUUGUUUACUCCCUCAUUUCUCAUUUGACAAGAGUUGACAACAGUAAGAUGCAUCUAGUCCAGUUUUAAUGACAUAAACAACAAAUUUUAUCUUAGGAGCAUACACAUAUCUAAAGAGAUGCAUAUGGAAAUGAAACUGGUAUCAAGUUUGUUGUCACUAAAUCCUACUUAUGUAUUUUUUUCAUUUUUGGCCAUUAAUGUUUUCCCUUAUUGCUUCUCACAACUUUACCUCCCUCGAAAGGAUAAAAGGAUUUCACUAUGUAGAAUGAACAAUCUGAAACCAGUGAUUUCAAGAUGUUAUCUAUUUUAAAGUUAAUCUUCGAUUUCUUCUAUUUUUGUAGUAAAUCGUAGUUGGUUAUUUUCAAUUUGUUACUGAUACUAUCAUAAUGUGGUUCUCUACAAAUUCUGGUGGCGAUGCGAGAAAAUGCAUGAUCAGCAGAAAUAAAAGAUGUGAUAGACAUGGCUGAAUCUAUCUAAAAGAACUGGGGAUAUCUGCACAUUACUUUAUGGAUCAAAGGAAGAUGCUCUUGAUUAUGUUAAAUGGGUGAAGGAUGUCAAACUUUUUGAUAUGUUGGUCCAGAGAUUGUCAUCAUCAGGAGUCAUGCCUUUCCAAGAUUGAAGCUGCAUUAUAAGCCCUCUUUGUAGAAGCAGGUCACGCAAAAUGAUUAACUCUGUUCCUACAGGCUGUAGUUGGUGUUUUCUGUAUUACUGGCUACUUCAUGGAUAGUUACUUGAAAGGAUUCCUUUUCUUAACGGCGCGUAUGUGUUGGAGGACUUUAUUCUCAAUGUGAUAACUAAAGUGGCUAUUUACUCUUAAGCUUUUGUUAAAGGACUUCAUGGAUAGUUACUUGAAGGGCUGAUUACUGCCAGUUCUGUUUGCUAUAGGAGCUUUUUACGCUCAGGAUGUGCCUUCUUCGAAACCGGCUUCAAAAGUGUUACAAAUCAUUACAAGAGUCAGCUGUCUAUGUCAAAAUCACUUUGUAUUGUUGCUUCUUUACUAAUCCACAUAACUUGAUGCUUUGUCCCAGAGAUCACCUUCUUUGAUUUUCCCUCUUAGUUUUAACCAGUUAGGGAGCGCUCACAAUUCAGUCAAAUUACAACUUCUACUUGCUUCAAGUUUUGAUCUGUUAGUAUGUGAUAAGAUUCCUCAGUCUUUCAUCCAUGAUAAUUCUAUAUGUUGUAAUUUUAAUAGUUUCAUUCUGCUUAAUUCUUUGCCAGAUACAUCCUUCCAAUACUGUGUGAUCGGAACUUCUUUCGCUUUGAACGACAUCAUUCUUGAGGCUUGAACAGCGGCUACUAGCAUUAUUCUCCAGGUGGUGGAGGGGCCUGCCUAUGGGUGUCUACUGUCUACUAAUCUCAACUCCAGCUGGUACAUAAACCCUGGCAGCUUAACUCAUUCCCUGAUCCUGUGGCUGAUGUAUAGCCGCCAGGGAUUAAUUCUAGUAUGUGUAACAUGAAGUAUAUUGAUUGGGUGAUUCAUAUGUAGAAAUUGCACAACUAUUCAAAUGUGGCAGAAUUUCAGAUUUUUGUUCUGACU